AAAUAGCUCGAUUUCGUAACGUUGAACGUGCGUGUAUGUGUGCUUUCCGUCCUUUUCUGUAGCAAUCGCUCUUGUGCUGCCGCCAAGGAGAUGUUGUUGGAAUUUAAUUCCCGGCUUGUGUGUAAGAGAGAGGGUGUGUGUGUGUGUGCACGCGCGCGUGUAUAUUUACGUAGUUUUCUUGUGCUUUUUUUUCCGCCACCUCUCUCCAAAUCAGCGGGGGCGCGUAAAAGUGGAGAUGAACCCGGGAAAUUACCGGAACAAGAAGAGGAAGAAGAAGAGGAGGAGGAGGAAUCCCAGGUUUUGCACGGAACAGGCCAUUGCAAGUGGUUUAAUGUGAGAAUGGGAUUCGGAUUUAUUUCCAUGCUCAACCGCGAGGGAAGCCCUUUGGAGUCUCCUGUUGAUGUCUUUGUACACCAAAGCAAGCUUUACAUGGAAGGAUUUAGAAGCCUAAAAGAAGGAGAACCAGUGGAAUUUACUUUUAAGAAAUCCUCGAAAGGCCUUGAAUCAAUACGGGUAACAGGUCCAGGUGGGAGUCCCUGUUUAGGAAGUGAGAGACGACCCAAAGGAAAAACAGUACAGAAAAGAAAGCCAAAGGGAGAUAGAUGCUACAAUUGUGGUGGCUUCGAUCAUCAUGCUAAGGAAUGUAUUCUACCUCCACAGCCAAAGAAGUGCCAUUACUGUCAGAGCAUCAUGCACAUGGUGGCAAACUGUCCGCUUAAAACUGUUCCACAGCAGCCUACGAGUUACCAGGGAAGAUAUGAAGCUGAUACCCAGCCCUCCACAUCAGCCUUCCUGAGGGAAGGAGGGGGAGGAGCCUAUGGUUACACUUCUCCAUCCUAUUCUCUGGAAGGAAGACCAGAUAUCUUACCGCCUUCAGGAAAGUCACCUCAAGAAGCUGCUUCAAGUAAGUUUUCUCCGUCACCUGAAGAGCAAAGCCGGAAGGGACCGUCAGUUCAAAAAAGGAAAAAGACUUAA